AUGGUGGAUAAUGCAGCUGGUGGAGAUAUUGGGGCGAAGACGGCAGAAGAGAUGAUAGAUAUUUUUGAGGCGAUGAGUUCUAACUCGUCUCAAAAGAGCAGUCGAGGGAAGAGGACUUUUGUGAAUGAAGUAUCUCCAGGACGAGACAUGAUGGCACAACAGCUAGCCGAGCUCACAGAGCAGAUGCGGCUACUGAACGCAAGGGGAGGCCAACCAAUGCAGACCAUGGCCGUAGAAGCGUGUGGAGCAUGUGGAGUACAAGGGCACAGGUCAGAGGUGUGCCCAUCAGCUUUCGAUCAAGAUUAUGGGGAACAAUACGAAGAUGUCAAUGCUCUUCAAGGCUACCAGAACCGGCCGGCCAACGACCCAUACUCAAACACGUAUAACCUGGGGUGGAGAAAUCACCCAAAUCUCUCGUGGUCUAACAACAACAACAUCCAGCAGCCUCCUCGGCAGAAUUUCAUGCAGCAACAGCCUCGACCCACCUUUAUUCCCCAACAGCAGAUGAGGCCAAACUACCCUCAACAGCAGCAUCAGCAACAGCAGAGGAGCCCAAUGGGAGGAAUGCAAGCACAAGGGGCCGGACCCAGUUCAGCAAUUCAAGACGACAAGCUGGACAAAAUUCUCCAGUUUAUGGCAAACAGUGAGCAAAGGGGCGUGAACACGGAUGCCUCUAUCAAACGCCUCGAAACACAGUUGGGCCAACUUGCUACGAGAGUGGGGAACAUGGAGGCCGACUCAGACAAGGGGAAGUUGCCGAGCCAACCUAAGGAAGCCAAAGCCAUAACGGUGUUGAGAAGCGGGAAGGAGGUAGACAACCACGUGAAAAUGCCCGAGCCUGCCAUUCUUACACCAACCAACCAGCCCAAAGGAGUAGAGGAGAGCCCGAAGAAGGAUACAGAAGUUGAGCCCGGGAAGCACACAGAUGGCCCGAUGUUACACAAGUCACCAAACCCUUUCAAACCAAGCAUACCCUUCCCAAGCCGACUCCGGGAUGAGAAGCAGGAGCAGCAAUUUCGGGACCUAUACAACAUGCUCUCGAAGGUCAACGUCAAUCUGCCACUCCUGGACGUGAUCAAGAAUAUGCCGUCGUACGUGAAGUUCUUCAAAGACCUAGUGACGAAGAAGAGGAAAUUUGGAGACGGGGAGAAGGUAGUGGUUUACGAGGCUGCAAGUGCUAUGCAGCAUGACCUUCCAAAGAAAGAACGAGAUCCCGAAGGCUUCGUGAUUCAAAUAGCCCUCGGAAACGGAAAGGAGGCUUCAGGGAUGCUGGACCUUGGAGCAGGGAUCAACCUCAUGCCGUUCUCUAUCUUUCAGCGGCUCGGCUUAGGAGACUUGAGGCCAACCCGCAUGUGCCUUCAGCUCGCUGACCGUUCGAUCAGAUACCCCAAGGGGGUAGUUGAGGAUGUCCUUGUUCGUGUCGGGAAGCUCAUUGUCCCGGUAGAUUUUGUCGUUUUGGAUGUGGGGGAUGUCCACGAAAAUGGGAAGGAUCAUACUAUCCUUCUCGGCAGACCGUUUAUGGCCACCACUAACACCCUCAUUGAUGUCAAGAACGGAACCCUGAACAUGACCGUCUUGGGCGAGUCCGUUUCCAUUUCAGUCCGAGAAGCCACAUCUGCAUCCUCAGUGAACUUUGUGGAGGAGUGCGCCUUCGUUGAUAUAACCGACCCGUUUGUGGAGGCGACGACUAUACGUGACUAUGAAGAGAGGACAAUGCCCGAUCUAGACGAUGAAGGAGAGCCAACCAUCGAGCUUUUUGCAGCCGACGAGUCCCACACACCGACUACACCCACUCUAGAGCUCAAGGAACUACCCCGCCACCUCAAAUAUGUUUUCCUUGAUGACGAGAAGCAAAAGCCAGUCAUCAUCUUUACCGAGCUUAACCGGGAAGAGGAGAAUGAGCUAAUUGAGGUGCUGAAGAAGAAUCAGAAGGCCAUUGGGUGGGGCCUCGGAGACAUAAAAGGCAUCAGCCCCUCCACAUGCAUGCACCGGAUCAUCCUAGAGGACGGUGCCAAGCCAUUUCGGGAUAGCCAGCGGUGGCUCAACCCGAAUAUGAUGGAAGUAGUGAAGAAGGAGGUGCUCAAGCUCUACUCAGAAGGGCUCAUUUACCCAGUGGCAGAUAGCGAGUGGGUUAGCCCGAUCCAUGUGGUACCCAAGAAGGGAGGUAUCACGGUCAUAGAAAAUAAGAAGAAGGAGAUGGUCCCCACCCGAAUCACUACCGGGUGGAGAAUGUGUAUAGAUUACCGUCGCCUCAAUGCUGUGACCAAGAAGGACCAUUUCCCGUUGCCGUUCAUCGAUCAGAUUCUCGACCGUCUCUCGGGCCAUCAGUUCUACUGUUUCUUAGACGGACUCUCAGGCUACUAUCAAGUAGCCAUAGCGCCAGAGGACCAGCCUAAGACGACUUUCACGUGCCCAUUCGGCACCUUCGCCUUCAGACGUAUGCCCUUUGGCCUGUGCAAUGCUCCCGGGACCUUCCAACGGUGCAUGUUCUCCAUAUUCUCCGACAUGCUCGAGGACUGCCUCCAGGUAUUUAUGGAUGACUUCUCUAUUUUUGGUACUUCAUUUUCUGAUUGUCUCCAUAAUUUAUCUCGUGUGCUUGAAAGGUGUAUUGAGUCUAAUUUGACCUUGAGUUGGGAGAAGAGUCAUUUUAUGGUGACUAGUGGAGUUGUGUUAGGCCAUGUGGUGUCUAAUCGUGGUAUUGAGGUUGAUAAGGCUAAGAUUGAUGUUAUUGAAAAACUCCCUCCUCUUGUGAAUGUGAAGGGAGUUAAAAGCUUUUUGGGUCAUGCUGGCUUCUAUAGGUGA